UGCCUGUUCUUUUGUUUCAGCGCUCCGCUUGGUCUUUCCCCCAUUCUCUCUAUUCACCCGUUAAACGCUAGUGCUAAGAGCUGCUGGAAAGCUGCCUAUACAGCCAUUAUAGGGCCCUGCUGUAUUUUAUUUAGACUUCAUUAAAGGGUUUGACAAAGUCUAUCUGUAGGUGCAGAAUGUACAGCUUCAUGGGAGGAGGGCUGUUUUGUGCAGGAAUGGGAAAUAUACUCCUGAUUGUUUCCACAGCAACAGAUUAUUGGAUGCAGUACCGUCAUUCAAACAACUACAUGCAUCAGGGGCUGUGGAGAUACUGCAUGCCCGGAAAGUGCUUCACGCACACCGACAGCAUUGCAUACUGGGAUGCUACACGAGCAUUCAUGAUCUUGUCUCUGUUGGCCUGCUUCAUUGGCAUCCUCAUCGGUAUUAUGGCCUUCAUCCACUACUCAUCCUUCGACAUGUUUGAUAAAACCUUUGCUGCAGGCAUUCUGUUCUUCAUCUCAUGCUUUUUUGUGUUUCUGGCCAUGUCUGUGUACACUGGAGUUACAAUAAAUUACUAUGGUAAACGCUAUGGUAACUGGAGGUUCUCCUGGUCUUACAUCAUUGGCUGGGUGUCUGUUGUGCUCACUUUCUUUUCAGGAAUUUUCUACAUGUGUGCAUACCGGAUGCAUGAAUGCCCCAGAAUGUCAAAUCCUCACUAGAAAACUGGGCUUUAUUAUCAUCAGUACUGGAUGCCACUUCAGUAUCAAUCACCAUUAGGUCAUGAUAAAUAAAGAAUCAUAGAUAGUAUAACAAUGUGUGAACGCUUGCAAUCUUUAUCUCUGUCUAUAUUAUGAAAAAGUGUACAUAACAACUGGCGGAGAAUCUGAACAUGAUGAAAAUGAUUCA